CACUCGGGUAUAACCAGAAAUACACCAUUUUAAGCCUUUUCGAGUACAACUACGUGUGAUAUACCUGGUCUACCUGGUCUACCUGGUCUACCUGGAGAUCCCGGAGGCAUUCUGAGCAUUCUGGGUAUUCUAUCUGUACUUAUCACGAACCACUUAUCACAUACCUCACUCAAGCAACAAAUCCUCCAACAACCACUUACCACCCAUCGCAUUACCUCCCCCAACCUCCCCCAAGCAACCAACACCCAAACCACCACCAUGGCCACAGUCUCCUCCCACCAAGCCACCCCCUCACACAACCUCUCCGCCUCCGCCCGCGCCGAAGCGGCUGGCGUUCAAACCGAAACCACCACCCCCACCUACCCCAUCCCCCGUGGCAACGUCGAAGCCGAAUUGCACUUCUACCAAGCCCCCUCCGACGGCUCAGUCCCCUACAACUGGGUCGACAAGCAACCCGAAGGCACUCGAAAACUCUUCGACAGGUGACAACAGCAUAUGAUCGGACGUGGUGUUAUUGGGCACGGCUGCAUAUCCUGCGGUUUAUCCCUCAAGCUGCAAAAUAACGUCGCAUCCAUGACGACGAUAAAAGGAGACAACCACAUCAGCAACGACGACAACGACCCCAAACCGCGAAGCUACUAAGAAACACAUGUUGAAGAAGGUGUGACUGUUGUCGUACAUGGUCGUAAACAUUUCUCCUUGUUAUCUAUUCUCCUCCCGCGUGGUUACUAUUUUUUUCCAUAACGCACCGGCCGCUGUCGGCCAUAAAUCCAGAGUAAUCAUAGUUUCCGGGAUCCAAAUAUAGAAUAGUACGGAAUUUUGGCUUUUUACAAACCGUAACUUAUUGUCUGGCUUUAAGUUGCAUAAUAAAGCACCCCAGAAGUGCUGUUGUGGCAUUUCACCUCCUUGGAUUGCAGGCAGGUCCGCUGCAUAUAAUGUCGUACUUAGUAGACCACCUAUUUGUACCCGUCAUGGUGCAUUCUCUUCUGACCCUAUAGACUGUAACGUAAGUGACAGUGUAAUGCGG